AUGUUGAGCAUCCUGUCACUCACUCUCAGGAGCUGAAAAAUUCCAAAUGACUUGAGUCUAACUUCUGUUUCUCUGAAGAGGUUCGGUAUGAAGCCACUUAUUGUGCUUAUCUCAGUUAAAACUAUCUUCUCGACACCGUUAAUUGCUUGAUUUUCUUUCCAUUUUUAACCUUGCAUGUACCUGAUAACAUUUUGACCGUGAGGCUGAAUUCCUCCACAUCUGGUCAUGCCAUUGGAAAAGAUAUUCAGACGGAGUGACGUCAGCCAGAGUCGGUCAGCUGGCUCCUCCAUCUGAACAGCAGGGAGAGCCUCUCCCAUAGGGAGACAUCACCAUCAACGCCCGAGCCUGGCCAGCAGCGUCGGCCGCCCGCUGGAAGGAAGGGGGAACAAAACAUGGAGGGACGAUAAUAUAGUGGCGGAUCGGGCGUCGGCUGGGAUAGGGAGCGUUAGAUAAUUUAUUUACCUAUUUAUUAUUUAUUAUUAUUUCCCCUGCCAGCAAUGGCCGGGGUCCAUGGCUGCGGCUGCUGAGAGGCAGGUGCAAUAUCAUCGACGAAGGGUUAUCGUUCCUCGGCAUGGGCUCAACGAGGGCCGAUCCACAGGCUGCCCCACUACACAUCCACUGCUCCCCGGAUCACACGGGAGGAGAGCAAUAGCUGGGCCGCGUCUGGAGGCGAUACAACGGGCUCGUGGAGGAGGAGGAGGGGGCCCUCUUUACAUCAAAAUAUUAGAGCAAGUAAUUUCAAGGUUAUGCGCCGUUACACACAGCAACAGCCAGGCUUCGUUCAGUGAAUCUGUGCUGCUGCAACAUGACGUAGGAAAGUGUGGACCUUCAAUGAGGAAAGACUGUGAUUGAAUGCCCACCUUUUUCUGCACUGAGAGGAUACAAACCUUGUGACAGUCUCGCCUUUACAGGCCUGAAAAACUGUUGAGCGCAGCAUCCUCAUCUGGAAAACAGAAGCCGGUUCCAGCUGCCAAGAUGAUGGAGCUGCAGAUAGACGAGGUGGUCUACCAGGACGACUAUGGCUCCGGCUCCGUGAUGUCGGAGCGGGUGUCCGGCUUGGCCAACAGCAUCUACCGGGAGUUCGAGCGGCUGAUCCGCAGCUAUGACGAGGAGGUGGUGAAGGAGCUGAUGCCGCUGGUGGUGAACGUCCUGGAGAACCUGGACGGGGUGCUGACCGAGAACCAGGAGCACGAGGUGGAGCUGGAGCUGCUGAAGGAGGACAACGAGCAGCUCAUCACCCAGUACGAGCGGGAGAAAGCGCUUCGCAAGCAGGCGGAGGAGAAAUUCAUUGAAUUCGAGGAUGCGCUGGAAGCUGAGAAGAAGGACCUGCAGGUCCAGGUGGAGUUUCUGGAGCUGCAGGGGAAACAGCAGGAGCUCAAGUCAAAGAACUAUUCUGACCAGAUCGUUCGGUUGGAGGAGCGAGAAUCAGACAUGAAGAAAGAGUACAACGCUCUGCACCAGCGCCACACUGAGAUGAUCCAGACGUACGUCGAGCACAUAGAGCGGUCCAAAAUGCAGCAGGCAGGGAGCAACAGCCAAUCAGAAGGCCCCGGCUGUGGACGAACUCAACGCCACACAUGGAGGAAAAGCAAAGCGGAGCGCCCGCCUUCAUUGAGCCUGUACCCCAGCGGCGAGGGCAUGGUACGUGGGGGUCUCGGGGGGGCUAGGAUGAUGCCCGGGAAAGACACCUGGCAGGUCAGCGAGCUCGGCCAGUCUACCUUCUGCUCUGCCUAUCAGGAGGAUGGAUCAGAGUCCGACUCAGUGGCGGCCACACCCAGCAGCGCAGGAAGCAAGUCCAACACACCCACCUCCUCCGUCCCCUCCGCCACUGUCACCCCCAUCAACGAGGGGGUGACAGAGUUUGACCCGAUGCGCGCUGGGAACCGCAGGAAAAGUGCCAAGCGGCUCAGCCGGAACAUGGAGGUGCAGGUUUCCCAGGAGACCAGGAAUGUCAGCAUCGGCAUGGGAAGCAGCGAUGAGUGGUCCGAGUUUCAGGAGAUCAUCGAUUCUACUCCUGAGCUGGACAUGUGUGUGGACCCCCGAGUGUACGGAGGAGGAAACAGCCCCUCCCAGGGCAUCGUGAACGAGGCCUUCGGCAUCAACACCGACUCUCUCUACCACGAGAUCAAAGACGCCAAGUCGGACAUCAUUGGAGAUGUGGAUGCAGGCGCCGAGCUGCUAGGCGAGUUCUCAGUCCGUGAUGAUUUCUUCGGGAUGGGUAAGGAGGUGGAAAACCUGCUGACAGAGAACAAACAGCUCCUAGAGACCAAAAACGCUCUCAACAUUGUGAAAAAUGACCUUAUUGCCAAAGUGGACGAGCUGUCGGGGGAGCAGGAGGUGCUGAGGGAGGAGCUGGAGGCUUUGAGGCAGUCCAAGAACAAGUUGGACGCCAGAGUCAAGGAGCUGGAAGAAGAACUCAGGAGGUUGAGAGCAGAGGCUCUCGGUGCAUCUCGGGACUCCAAGGAUGAAGGAGGUGAUGAUUUUUCAUCACCCAUGCAGGACGGCGACAUGACAAUGACGCAACGGCGGCGGUUCACCCGGGUGGAGAUGGCUCGCGUGCUGAUGGAGAGGAAUCAGUACAAAGAGAGGCUGAUGGAGCUGCAGGAGGCCGUACGGUGGACAGAGAUGAUCAGGGCGUCCAGGGAGAGUCCUCAAAUCCAAGAGAAAAAGAAGUCCACCAUCUGGCAGUUCUUUGCACGUCUCUUCAGCACAUCGUCCAGCCCUCCGCCUGUGAAGCGGCCGUACUACAGCGUCAACAUCCACUACAAGUCGCCCUCGCCGGCUGGUUUCUCUCAGCGACGCAGCCAUACCAUGUGUCAGAUCUCCACCUCCAACCGCACGCUGGAGUUCUUCCCCGAAGAACUGGCCAGUAACGGUGUUGCGUCUCUCCUCAGCGACUCGGCACUGUUGGCCCGCCGAGAGCAGCGGCGUGAACAGUACCGGCAGGUCCGCGAGCACAUGCGGCGCGAUGACGGCAUCAUGCAGGCGUGUGGCUGGAGUGUGCCGUCUCGCUUCAAACAGGCUGGAGGUCAGACGGAGACCGCUCAGGACAGCCCGCUGAAGAGACAACAGCCGACCACAGAGAAAGAGGACAACCGCAUGAAGAAUGUGCCCGUCCCGGUGUACUGUCGACCUCUGGUAGAGAAGGACCCCAACAGGAAGUUGUGGUGUGCAGCUGGCGUAGACCUGACAGGAUGGAGGGCCAGCUGCCUGGAGUUGGUACCAGCCAAAGCACCGUCGGGCGGCAGCGACCCCCUGCACGCUGAGGAGAACGGAGGCGGCAAGAAGAGCAGCCACAGCUCCCCAGAGAAGAGGAAGUCGAAGGAGCUCCAGGAAACAGACACCAUGAGCAGCCGAGUGUGGAUCCUCACCAGCACACACUCCGCCAGCAAGGUGGUCAUCAUCGACGCCAACCAGCCGGGCUCACUGGUCGACCAGUUCAACGUCUGCAACGCCCACGUGCUCUGCAUCUCCAGUGUGCCAGCUGCCAGCGAGAACGACUAUCCACCAGGAGAGAUCGUGUUGGAUCCAGGUGACGGUGGAGUGGGGGGUGGAGGCGAGGACACCGGCAGCGUGGAGGGCAUGUUGGCUGGCAUCACUCUCGUCGGCUGUGCCACCAACUGCAGCGUUGCCCGGAGCAACUGCUCCUCGCGCACUGACACACCCAUAUUGGACAAAGGACAAGCCCCCACCGCUCCGCCCAUGAAUGGGAAGAUUCACCCCGCCCAGUCGGCCGAGGAGGCCACCGAGGCCACCGAGGUUCCCGAGUCAACGGCCAGCCACGCAGAGCUGAGAUCUGGACCCCCAGGACCGUUUACUGAGCACGUCUUCACCGACCCCCCGCCCCGUCUGACAGACGCCUCUGACAGGAGCGCGGGUCAAUCCAAAGAGGAAACUUCUCAGCCUUCAGAGACGGAGGACGGAGGUGAAGACACCAAGAACUACACCAGUGUGGCCCCCACUAUGUGGCUCGGGGCCCAGAACGGCUGGCUCUACGUCCACUCAGCAGUUGGGAACUGGAAGAAGUGCCUCCACUCCAUCAAACUCAAAGACUCUGUGCUCAGUCUGGUACAUGUGAAAGGUCGUGUGCUGGUUGCCCUCGCUGACGGGACCCUCGCCAUAUUCCAUAGAUCCGAGGAUGGCCAGUGGGAUUUGUCAAACUACCACCUAAUGGACCUCGGUCGGCCUCAUCACUCCAUCCGCUGCAUGGCUGUGGUCCAUGAUAAGGUUUGGUGCGGCUACAAGAACAAGAUCCACGUCAUCCAGCCCAAGAGCAUGCAGAUCGAGAAGUCCUUCGAUGCCCACCCUCGCAGGGAGAGUCAGGUGCGGCAGCUAGCGUGGAUUGGUGACGGUGUGUGGGUGUCGAUCCGUUUAGACUCGACCCUGCGUCUCUACCACGCGCACACACACCAGCACCUCCAGGAUGUGGACAUUGAGCCAUACGUCAGCAAGAUGCUGGGUACUGGCAAGCUGGGCUUCUCUUUUGUGCGAAUCACAGCACUUCUGAUUGGUGGAAAUCGUCUCUGGGUGGGAACUGGAAACGGUGUGAUCAUCUCCAUCCCACUGACAGAGACGGUGGUCCUUCACCGGGGACAGCUCCUUGGUUUGAGGGCCAAUAAGGUGUCUCCUACAUCGUCCAGCGGAGUGAUCCAUGUGUACGGUGACGACGGCUCUGAGAAGAGCACCGGCAGCUUCAUCCCCUACUGCUCCAUGGCACAAGCCCAGCUCUGUUUCCAUGGACACCGCGAUGCAGUCAAGUUUUUCGUCUCCGUACCCGGCAAUGUUCUGGCCACCCUAAACGGCAGUGUGCUGGACAGUCCGUCGGAGGGGCAGGGGUCCACAGCGCCCCAAGAGACGGAGGCCCAGAGUGUUCACAACGUGUUGGUGCUGAGUGGAGGAGAGGGCUACAUCGACUUCCGCAUAGGGGAUGGAGAGGACGAUGAGACGGAGGAAGGGGACAGCGGUGGAACUUCGCAGAUAAAACCUGCUUUGUGUAAAGCUGAGCGGAGCCACAUCAUCGUCUGGCAGGUGUCUUACAUACCUGAGUGACACCUGGAUUUGCUUUAACACCCACACCCACUCUUCUCCUUAAAGAAAUCUCCUCCUGCCCCCAAAAGCUUCCAGCCACCCAAACCUUGUAAUUAUCCCAUGUCAUGUAAAAGUUCCCCCUUGGUUCUAAAAAGACCCUCCAAGCCGUGUAUCGUCCCUUGUAACUAUUAUAUCCCCUCCGGCCCCGUCACCUUGUAUCUUUAAUGCCUUGUAAGUACCUCCUUUGAUCUAGUAAUCUGCCUGUUUCUGUCCCACCCAGGGCAUUGUAACUAUCUUCAUGAGCCUUGUAACCCAGCCUCAUAACUACCUCCCUUAUAUUCACCCUGUAAGCACACUGUAUCUCCUCCUAUAUUUACCUCAAUUGUCCUGCAUCUGCCCCAGAUUUACUCCUCCUUCCUCCACUUAGUUUGUCAUCUGUGAAGCCUCUACCUCGUCUUAAAGCAAAGCCUAGAGCCCCAACGUGCAUCAAUCGUACCGACGACAAAAAGAAAAAGAACAGCAGGCACCGAAAUGUGAACGAAAACACUGACUUGCAUUUCCACCAGAAAUCUGUCUGAUUUUUCUAACAGCCAAAUAGCAAUCCAUAAUAAUCUGUGUUUAAAAUGGAUGCAGGUGUUUACGUUUGACAGUGUGCGUGAAAAGAAAUCCAAUGAGACGGCGUACAGAAGUCUCGUUUUUAGCCUUAAGAUUGUAAAGGGUGGCAAACAAAUUUCACAUUUUGCGACGACAUUGAAUCUUCACAGAUGUCUGGGCUUUUUUUUUGGCUGUUACCUAAAAUAUUUUGCAUCCAAUCACGUCUAUUUAAAGAGUCUUGAUUAACGACGUUUGCUCAUUUUCUACCCCGUUAAAAACAAAAACCCUCAUGAGGAUAUGAUGACUUAAUGUGCGAGGAAAUAUCUGGUGCCUGAUGUGAAUCGGUCAUGCUCGAGUCGUGUGAACAAGGUGAUUGAACCAGUCGAAGGGGUUGUGCUUAGCGUGUCCAGGGUUCAGUCCGAGACUCAUUUCUCUCAUCUGACUGGCUGUUGAUCAGGCGGUUCGUUGUAACGCAGGUGAACAGUGAUGUGUUGUCAUUACGUGUACAGGGAUUAUUGUAAAUCUCCAGACACACUGAAGCCCAUCCUCUUUGUUCAGUAUGGAAAUUCAUGCAUUGAUCUCUCUGUGUGGAUUAAAUAUUAAACAUAUUUGUGUGCUGAAAAAACGUA